CUUGACGAGUGGUAGACAGUAGUAGAAAACCACAGAAUAUUGAUGUAUUCCUUGUGAUUUGAGACAAUGACACUGCAAUGGAGUGGAGAACAAGUGGUAGCGAAAUUACCAGACGUGCAGGCAAGUGCUAUGGCGUUAGAUUGCCUAGGAGAGUGGGCAGCCUUAGCAGGGAGGAGGGCCAUCACUAUGGUGAACUUAAAGAAACCUAAGGAGAAGCCCAUAAAGAGCCCCAGACAGAGUAAAUGGGACGUCAGCUGCGUGCAGUGGAAUCCUAUAUCUUCACAUGCUCAUCUAUUUGUCACUGCAUACAACCAAAGAUUAGAUCUGUGUUCUUGGAAAGAUUCCAACAUUUCUCACAUUUGUUCAAUGAAAGGACAUUCCAGAACUGUCAGUGAUGUGGGUUGGAAUCCAUUUGAUGUGAACGUAGUAGCUUCCUGUUCUGUUGACUCAUUUAUCAAUCUGUGGGAUAUCAGGGAUCCAAAGAAACCCUCACAGUCCUUCCAGACAGUCUCUGGGGCUUACCAGGUGAAGUGGAAUAGAGUGACAAGCAACAUGUUUGCUACAACUCACGAGGGGGAGCUCAGGAUAUGGGACAUCAGGAAAGGGAAAACAAUGCCCUCACACUAUAUUGCUGCCCACUUGUCAAAAAUCCAUGGCCUGGAUUGGAGUCCAAAUUCUGAGUCAGAGUUAGCCACAUGUAGUCAGGAUUGUACUGUAAAGUUUUGGGACAUUAAAAACACAAGGCAGUGCAAGGGGUCCUUAAGUCCCGGAUCUCCCGUGUGGAGAGCGAGAUACACUCCAUUUGGACAAAAUAUUGUAACAGCAGUGGUGCCCCAGCAGUUACGUAGGGGAGAUAACUCUCUUCACUUAUGGAGUACCUCUAGGAACAAUCCAAUUUAUCAGUUUGUGGGACAUCAGGACGUGAUUCUGGAAUUCCAGUGGAGGAAACAACAAGAAGGGUCGAGGGAUCAUCAGCUUGUGACAUGGUCAAAGGAUCAGAGUUUACGGAUCUGGAACAUUGAUCCUCAUCUUCAGAAGCGCUGUGGUCAUGAUUUGGGAGAUGUUAACGACUCCUCUGAGAAUGAGUCUGGACAGAUGGAGAGGGACAGCGUACCCCAGGACUCCGUCCAAGACAAGACCCUGACGGAAAACGACCUUGGGAAUGGAGACCUCCAGAGGCAGAUGUCGAUGAGUCCGGAGGGGGGAUUAUUCCAACAGCCCCAGACCCUCCAACAGGAGUUUGAUCUGAUGAACACAAACAUUUCUAAUGUCCAAGUAGAAGAGAUGGAUGCUGCCUCUAGAAGCUGUCGUGUGUUAGCGGUGUCUGGGAACUUCAGUGUUGGUCUGAGGAUGCUGUUCCCAGAAAACUACCCCUACACUGAACCACCUACAUUUGAAUUCCUAGAUCCCAACUUGAACUCCAACAUUAAACAUAAGUUGCACAAGGUGCUUCUGGAUACAGCAUCAAUGCAUGUCAGAAGGAACACAAGUUGUCUGGAGCCGUGUCUAAGGCAGCUGUCUCAAGCUCUUAAUCAACCUUGGAAUUUACCCACAGAGGAGCGGAGGACCCCUGAAACAGAGACUACCCGCCCCUUCAACCUCGUGGGGCCCCCCACCAAGCCUCAGUACUUAUCAUGGCACAGUGCCUCGGGACUACAGGACUUUAACAUUCCCUUCCCUAGAACCAGUGGAGCUAAGUUCUGUGCCGCAGGAUACUUGGUUGUGUUUGGUCGCUCCCAUGAAGCUAGGAAGGGACCAUCCUGGGCAGAAGUAACACCAAAGUCUCUCUGUGAUUUGACAGAUUUUGCCUCCAAAAGUCGGUUUCGCAAUCCUCAGAAAUUCUAUAACAGCUUCUCCAUUAGUCCCCCAACACCUGCCACAGAAAAUGUGUCUGUCUCUUCCUGGUACCUGAGAACAACAGUGUCAAAUCAACCCAAGGGAAAGAGAAAGUCUCGCCCGGCAGAGGUCCCCGAUAUAAAACCUGUGGUGGGACCUGUCAAAAUUUUCGAUAGUGCAUGCAUGCUACCUAUUCACAAAGAUUUGGGGAAAAAAUAUAUUAUUGACAGAUCUAACAUCCAAGCCAUGUGCACUCACAAUGCCUCAGUAGCCGGCGCUGUUGGUCGUAAAGAUUUGGUUCAGUUGUGGUCAAUGGUUGGCAUAUCAGCGAGCCAAAAACUCAAACCUAGUGAUGACCCAGAUGAUGGACCUCCGUGGGCACAGCAUCCAUUUGGGAAAGAAAUGAUCAAAUAUCUAUUUGACUACUACAUGAAAAUCCAUGAUGUGCAAACCCUAGCCAUGCUGGUGUGUGUGUUCUGGAAUAGAGAAGAUGCCAUUGUACAACCCCCCAAGAAAGAGAAAGCCCUACCCCAGUCUACAUCAAUGGAUUAUGUUCCACAUAAUUAUAGCCCUUAUCAUACGGUAACAUCUGGGUCUAAUCUAUUGAAGAGCUUCAAGACACUCACCGGUCACUUACAAGGUCACUCAUCACGACCCCUACCCACCACUUCUACCGUUCAAUCGCGACCCUCGCAACAUCACUUGUCAGAAGUCUCGUCACACCCCGACCUAGUGGCCAUGACAGUAGGUGUUCUAAAGAUCCGUCGAUCUAACAGCCUGUCCUGCCUCGAGGACUCGUUUGAGGACUACAAAAUUGAGGACGAGGACGGCAUCAAAGAGAAGGAGAAUGAACGACUGGCUAAACUCCACGAAAGCAACUGUAGGCUGCUGGAUCCAAAUGCACAAAAUCAGUAUGAUGUCUUCCUGAAGUCUUAUGCAGAUAUUCUGUACCACUGGGGAUAUACAAACAAUGCUAAACUUGUGUUGAAAUACUUGACACAGUUACCAGAACCCCAUACUGGCAUAGAGUUUGGUGUCCGUUGUUAUCACUGCCACCAGGAGGGUCGUGGAGCGAAGUGUGGGUCAUGUAAAAGUCUGGCCUUCAACUGCUCCAUCUGUCACAUCGGUGUCAAAGGAAACUCUACUUUCUGCCUGCGGUGUGGACAUGGUGGUCACACUACACACAUGAUAGACUGGUUCAAGGAGAACAAAGAGUGUCCCACAGGUUGUAGCUGUAAGUGUGUGGAGGCCAAGUCCGAAAUCACUAUGUGAUUGGGGGUCAAGUCCAAAAUACAAUGUGAUGAGGGCCAAGUCAGAAAUAUAGGAUGAUGGAGGCCAAGUCAGAUAUGACAAUGUCUUGAGGGCCAAGUCAGAAGUAUGAAAUCACAAUGUGAUUAGGGCCAAGUCAAGAAUCACCAUGUGAGGUGGGCCAAGUCUGAAAUCAGAAUAUAAUGCCCAAGUCAGAAAUCACAAUGUUAUAGGGUUCUCUAACCAGGUCAGAAAUCACAAUGUGAUGAGAGCUUAUCACAAAGAAAUGGCUGCCUCCACAUGACUGAUUUGGUCAGGAAUCAAAAUGUGAGGGAGGCUUAACAUUUUCUUGCAUAAAAUUUCUUAUAAUGAUUUAGGAAGAAAGUCAGACUUUGGAACUGAUACAUGGAAAGCCAGCUUCCAGAUUUAGUCAGUAGUCUCAUUUCUGGUCACAAGAUGUGGUGUAAUAGAACUAUAGUGCAAUCUAAAAGAGAUCUCACGAAUAAUACAUUUGUUUGCUGUUUGAUAUUUAUGCCUUAGCAUCUAUUUUUUUUUUAUACAGAAUGAUUAUGUACAGUAAAAAACACUUUUAAUGAAGUGCCAGGCACAUGAUUUUUGCUGCGUUAUAAAUGUUAUAAAUUAUAUACAAUACUGUCACAAUACAUUUUAUAGCAGGGGGAAUGAAAAUUAUUUUGAUUGAAGUGUCAUAUCAUUAUAAGCAUGUUCUCAAUAAGUGUGUUUUACUGUGUUGCGUAAGAAGUGAUGUGCAAGUUACCAGUUUAAUGUACGUACAUAUAGUUGCAAGAUGAAACACAACAGCCGUUAUGAUGGUAUUUGAACAUUGAUAUCUAAAACAGUGAAAACACACUAUAGAAUGAUUUUGUUAUUUAUUGUUGAUGUUGGAAAAAAAAAAUAAAACCAAAUACAAUAUA